AUGGCAACCAUGGCAGCAGCUGCUCGCGAUACCCCCCAGGCCUCCUUGAGCCGAGACAACUUAGCUGUUGUAGCGGCUCGGAGCGUCCCUGUGACUGUGACCCGACCUCAGGCACUCCCAACGCCUCCCAACUCCAUCUCCCCAGCCUUACCACCUCAUGGUCUCAAGGCGCAACUGCAGAAGGCCAGACUGGAUCCCAUAGAUUCGGAUCUGGAUCUGCACGAGCCUCACGACGAUGAUCACGCUGGCCGCUCGCCCUCGUUUGAAGCUGUCGGCGCCAUCACACCCCAACUCCUGGCGAAGCACCACUUGCCCGAUGUCUUGCUCAACCACGGCCCUCUUGCCAUACGCCACAUCAUGGGCUACCUGACUACCUCGGUUCCAGGCUUCGCUGGCAUCCCCCCGACCAAAGCCCGUAGACUUGUCGUUGGCGCUCUUGAAGGUCGCGGCGGCGAGGGAGGUGGACUACACGGCGAUGUCGAGUUUGAAAAAGUCGGCUGGGGUCGCUGGGACGCGCGCCGUCGUGGUCAGGCAUCGCGCCAUGUGGCCACCUUCCCUCCAACACACCUGGACAAUGUCUCGGGUAUUCCCAUCGGCAAGAGUGGUGGGCUCCGGGCCGUCGACAGAUCUCGACUACACCCGCCCUCAUCAGAUGCCGGAAACUCCAUCGGCUUUUCGCACGACGACCGCGACGACAUGAUGAUGGAGCACGAAGCGGACAAGAUGUCUCUUGACGGCUCCGCUUCUGCCUCAUGCUCUGAGGCCCCCGACGAUGAUAUCAAUAUGAAUGACGAUCCCGAGGAUGUGACUGACGACGAGGAUUGGGCAGCCGUGGGCGCCGCCGCGCUUCGUCGCGAAUCAUAUGCUGCUCAGUCGUGUCGCAGUUACCUCAAUUCUGUAUAUACGCAUGGAGGACUGCGAUCGGUCUCGACCGGCAUGGCACGGUCACCGCAGCCAUGCAACAUAGACUUCUCAGCCCUGGGAGCUACGUCUGACGCACAGGAGCGUGAGGCGAUUGAAGCUCUCCUUCGCCUGGGCUCUGUAUAA